AUGGCUGAAGCACUCGUUUCCGUGGUCCUAGAGCAGUUGAUUUCCAUCACACGUAAACAGAUAGAAGAAGAGGUGAGGCUGGUCGUGAAUGUCGACCGAGAAGUUGAAAAUCUCAUCUUCCAUUUCAAUGCUAUUCAAGCUGUGCUCCAGGAUGCAGAGGAGAGGCAGGUGAAGGACGCCCGCGUCAAAAACUGGCUGCGGAGCCUGGAAGAUGUGUCGUACGACAUUAACGAUCUGUUGGACGAGUGGAACACUGAAAUUCUCAAGCACCAAAUUGAGAAAGAAGAGAAAGAAGGUGUUGCCCUUACAAAAAGGAAGAAGGUAUGCCUCUUCAUUCCCUCCCCUAGGGUUUGUUGUGGUUGUGGUCCAAUUGAUAAAGUAGUUAGGCGUCAUGACAUUGCUAAGAGAAUAAAAGAAACACAUGAAAAGUUAACUGAUAUAGCCAAUUCAAAACAAAAUUAUAACUUUCAUGAGAACACAAUUAGAGCCACUGAGAAACUUGAACGGGUUGAAACUUCUUCUUUUGUCCAAGUGUCUAGUAUAAUUGGUCGUGAAGAGGAGAAAAAAAGAUUAGUAAGCAUGUUGUUAAGCGAGAGCAGUCAACAAGGGAGGAGCCCAUUUGUUGUGAUCCCCAUUGUGGGGAUGGGAGGAUUAGGAAAAACUGCAUUUGCCCAGUUAGUCUAUAAUGAUGAUGAAAUUAUAAAAACUCAGUUUGACACUAGAAUAUGGGUUUGUGUGUCAGAUCCUUUUGAAGAGAUCAAGAUUGCCAGAGCCAUUGCUCAAGCUCUAAAUAAAGAUGAUAAUCGAAUUAAUUCAACUAGUUUGCAACCUUUGUUGGAAUGUAUAAAUGAAUAUAUUAGUGGUAAAAGGUUUUUCCUUGCUCUAGAUGAUGUGUGGAAUCCAACCAUUGAUAAUUGGGGAACAUUAAUGGGAGCUUUACAAAAUAGUGCUAUAGGCAGUAGAAUAUUGGUGACCACACGAAAAGAGACGGUUGCUGCUGUGAUGGGAGCCACCGCUGAUCACGUAAUCCAUUUGAACAUCUUGAGUGAUCAAGAUUGUUUGCAAUUAUUCAAUAAAAUUGCCUUCCUUAAUAGAGAAAGAGAUGAUCAGCUUGAAGAGAUUGGGAGAAAAAUUGUAAAAAAGUGCAAUGGUUUGCCUCUUGCUGCAAAGACCUUAGCUAGUCUCAUGCGAUAUAAGAAAACCAGAAAAGAAUGGGUAGAUGUUUUGGAUAAUAAGAUAUGGGAGUUAGAAGAAGUGGAACAACAGGUUUUUCGAUCACUAUUCCUAAGUUAUUAUGAGUUGAGUCCGGCAGUCAGACAAUGUCUUUUAUUUUGUGCUGUUUUUCCAAAAGAUUAUGAGUUUGAUAUAAAUGAGUUGAUUGAGUGUUGGAUGUCACAAGAAUAUCUUAGUAUGAAAGGAGAUAAAGAAAAAGAAAGAAUGAUAGGCCAACAGUACUUUGAUAACUUAGUGACGCGUUCUUUUUUCCAAGAUUUUGUUAAAGGCAGAAUGGAUGAUGAUAUUAUAGGCUGCAAAAUGCAUGAUAUUGUGCAUGACUUUGUACAGUUUCUCACCAAAAAUGAAUGUUUUAUUAUGGAGGUGGUGGAAAGUGGUAAAGAGAAAAACAUGGUAGUCGAUAAUAAGGUUCGUCAUUUGAACAUAAUGUCAACAUACAAUGAUUCCUUUCCUGUUUCAAUCUACAAUAAUUGCAAAGGAUUACGGACUCUGGUAAUUUCUACUUGGAAACUUCCUCCGUUACCCUCGGACUCAUUUUCAAAAUUGAAAAGCAUUAGAACAUUAAAGUUGAAUGAAAACUCAAUCAAAGAAGUUCCCGAAAGUAUUGGUGGACUAGUACAUUUGCGGUAUCUCGAUUUAAGUGGGAAUCAUGAAUUGAAAGAAUUACCCGAUUCUGUGGGUAAUUUAUUCAAUCUGGAAACAUUGCGUCUCAUAUACUGCUAUGGACUCAGAGAAGUACCGGUGAGCAUAAGAAAGUUGGUUAACUUAAAGCAUCUUUAUAUUUCGGGGUGCGAAAGGCUAAAAUUACCAAAAGAGAUUGGAAGAUUAAGAAAUCUGCAAAUCUUAGAUUACUUGUGUGUUCAAGACGGUGGCGAGGAUGAUGAAGGAAUUUUGAAGUUAGGGGAUUUGGGAAACUUGGAGCAGCUUCAAGGGAGCCUUUACAUAGGAAACUUGAAGUCAGCGAAAGAUGGGAGUGAGGCUAAAAAUGCAGAAUUGGUGAACAAGAAGAACCUCCUUCAUUUGGGACUAGAUUUUGGGCACGACUAUAGAGAGAGAGAGGCGGAUUUAAAGGAUGAAGAAAUACUGAAUGGCUUUCAAGUGCAUACAAAUCUGGAGUCGUUGGCUAUCAUUGCGUACCACAGUACCAACCUGUGUCCAAGUUGGAUGAUGAGCUGUCAUAAUCUGAGAAGGCUUGAAUUCUAUGAUGUUCCAUUUUGUGGGGUUUUGGCUCCUCUGGGGAAACUCCCGUCCCUUGAAUAUUUAGAGAUAAGAGAGAUGGAGAGUGUGAAAAAGGUGGGAGUUGAAUUUUUGGGAAUAACAGGCGAAACACCGCAAACAUUAAUAAACUCGUUUCCGAAAUUGAAACAACUUCAAUUUAUAGACAUGGUGCAGUGGGAAGAAUGGGAAGGAGUAGAAGAAGAGGAUUCUAAAAUUACAAUAAUGCCAUCUCUUUUGAAGUUAGAAAUCAUCGACUGUAUAAAGCUGAAAGCACUGCCGAACUUCCUUUGGAAGACCCCGCUGCGAGAAUUAAUCAUCGUCGGAGGGGAUGGUCUUGCACAAUGGUUCGAGACGAGAUGUGGAAUGGAGUGGUUGAAAAAUGCGUCUCAAGUCCAAAACAUCAAAAUUCAGCGCAAGUUUGUGAAAAAAGACGGAGUUGGAAUGUUGGAGGAGGAUUGA